AAGCACAAUCUAUUCACUCUAAUAAGCAAAACAUGGAAAUUGAGUCACUAUUGCCUAAGAGAACCUAUGGUGGCAUAAAGAGGUACUGGAGAAGGAGGCACUAUCAGCCUCUCAACCGGAGUGGAAAGAAGAUGAAGAUCAUACGGUUGAAAAGAAGCCCACGUAGGUAUUGGAGGAUCAGAGCAAUACCAAGGCUGAGAUGGUUGAUGAGUUCACCAUUGAAGAUGUUGACAAAACUUAAGAAUGCUUAUAUGAACUUUAUGUUGAGGUUGGCUGGUAACAUAGGCGCCAUGAACACUGAUAGUGAUAACAUCUUUGGUGUGAAACGGAUUCCAAAGGCUCGUCAAGUGUAUAAGGGUUAUUCCCGUGAUGCAUUUGAUGCCAGGCUCAUAUUUGAGAUUUCCAAGACCUUGGUUGCUUCUCAUGAACUCUAUCCCAUGUAAAUUGUUUUCUUUAAUUAAUUCUCUGUUUUUCUUCUUCUUAAUGUC